GACCCGAUUUGAAGGAAAGAUUGCACACAGACACUUUCGCCGACAGUUUUCCGGCCGAGUAUAAACAGUAAGGCCGACUCGUAUCGUUUUAGAAUGGAUACGUUACGAGGACGUUCACGCUUGGAGGCUCGUACGAACAUUUUGGCGCGGUUUUUCGCCGUGGAGGGAUACCGGCGAGUCGCGUUCAUGAAAUAGCACUGCGGCUCCUCGGGCCACGCCUCCUCAGCGAAGUAGUAGCCGGCUCGUAAAGACUUCCGCACCACGCCGCCUCAUUCCCGUUGUCGCCAAGUGGUCGCCUUUGGAUCUCAGCGGGGACUUCUACAGGGACAAUUUGUUGAAAGUCCACUAUCUAUGUCCCUUUGAACGUGCGAGGAGACCAUGUAUAUUUUGGAAAGAAGUAUGGAGUGCCUGCCACAAGCCUUCUCCUACUUGGAUGAUGAGUUCUGCCAAAGUUUGAAGGAUCUCCAGUCGCCUCCCGUGAAGGCGGGCUUCUCCAAGGGUGAUCAGCUGAGCUUUGUGUCCGACAUGCUCCUGGAGAAUCAAGACAUGGAGCUCAACUGGAACUGCGCCUUCUUCCACUCUGAUGAUGAAGACGAUGGCGGUGGGGGGCGAGGGCGCCCCCAGUCCCCCGUGGCGGAGGAGAGCGGCGAGGACAGCCUGUGGCGAUGCCUGGCUUCCGAUAAAAGCCUGGAGGAGAUGCUGUCGGACAUGGACGUCAACAUCUUCGAAGGGCUCGUCGGCUCCACGCUGGACUGCCAGAACCUGUUGGGGGGCUGGGAGACGGGCGAGGUCACGUCCGACUCUUGCUCCACCGGAGGAGACGUGUCCACGUACUCGUCCAGCGAUUCCGAGGAGGAGAUCGACGUGGUGACGGUGGGGCGCAGCCCGUCCAGACAGCAGCAGCACGACGACGAUGAGGACGAGCAGCGUGUUGCUCUCCAGCGCCAACUCCACUUUGACAUCCAGCUGCAGCACAAUUACGCCGCGCUUCCUCCCAUGUCUCCGCCGGCCUCCUCAUCCAACAAGCACUCCCGCCAUCAUCAUCAUCACCACCACCAGUCGUCGUCGCGACAUUUGGCGGAAACUGAGGACGAGGAGGAGCGGCGUCGGACUCACAACGUGAUGGAGCGGCAGCGGCGCAACGAGCUGAAGAACUGCUUUGUGCGUCUGCGCGACAACGUACCAGAGUUGUCUCGCAACGACAAGGCCUCCAAGGCGGUGAUCUUGAAGAAGGCCCGGGACUGCAUCCACAGCCUGGAGGAGCAUGACCGUCGGCUGCGUGCCAAGCGGGACCGACUGGGCGCCAAACAGGAGCAGCUCAAAGCACGGCUGCGGCAACUCAGACGGCCGGUCCGCUGGUGAAAAG